GAGCAGGGCAGCGGCUCCUUUGACGUCAGGGCCAAGUGAGGGGAUCGUGCCAGCAACCCCAGCCCGCCCCAAAGUGGGGCCCGCUGGCUGCUCGCAGGAGAGGAGCCCAACGCCGGGUGCCUGACGGCGAGCGCGCAGGGGGCACCAGAGCGGGUCGUCAGGGGCGCAGUAUGCCCCCUGCCCAUGGAAAUCGCCCUGGUGCCCCUGGAGAACGGCGGUGCCAUGACUAUCCGAGGAGGAGGUGAGACCCGGGCAGGCUGUGGCCAGGUCACAGGGGGAGCGCUGCAGUGCCCCCCGACGGCAGGGCUUGGCGAAGGGGGCUACGAGGCGGCACCAAGGCGGCGCAGUGCGCAGGAGGGCGCGGACCUGGGAGGGCAGCCUUUGCACCCUCUGCCCCGGGAGCGGCCACCGCCGAGAUCGCCGCCUCCUGAGGACGAGGAGGGAGAGGGCGACCCUGUCCUGGGCAUGGCAGAGGACCAGGCGCUGGGCGCGGCGUCCCUUCACCACCAGCGCGUCCUCAUCAACAUCUCGGGGCUGCGCUUCGAGACGCAGCUGGGCACCCUGGCGCAGUUCCCCAACACUCUCCUGGGGGAUCCGGCCAAGCGCUUGCGUUACUUCGACCCCCUGAGGAACGAGUACUUCUUCGACCGCAACCGGCCCAGCUUCGAUGGCAUCCUCUACUAUUACCAGUCGGGGGGCCGGCUGCGGAGGCCCGUCAACGUCUCCCUGGACGUGUUCGCGGACGAGAUCCGCUUCUACCAGCUGGGCGACGAGGCGAUGGAGCGCUUCCGGGAAGACGAGGGCUUCAUUAAGGAGGAGGAGAAGCCCCUGCCCCGGAACGAGUUCCAGAGACAGGUGUGGCUUAUCUUCGAGUACCCGGAGAGCUCGGGGUCCGCGCGGGCCAUCGCCAUCGUCUCGGUUCUGGUCAUUCUCAUUUCCAUCAUCACCUUCUGCCUGGAGACCCUGCCCGAGUUCAGGGAUGAGCGCGAGCAGCUGCGCCACGCGCAGGCGUCCCACCAGGCUCCCGCCCCGGCCCCGGGCGCCAACGGCAGCGGCCCCAUGGCGCCCCCCUCCGGACCCACGGUGGCACCGCUUCUGCCGAGGACCCUGGCCGACCCCUUCUUCAUCGUGGAGACCACGUGUGUCGUCUGGUUCACCUUCGAGCUGCUGGUGCGCUUCUUUGCCUGCCCGAGCAAGGCGGCGUUCUCGCGGAACAUCAUGAACAUCAUCGACGUGGUGGCCAUCUUCCCCUACUUCAUCACCUUGGGCACCGAGCUGGCCGAGCAGCAGCCAGGGGGCGUGGGAGGCGGUGGCCAGAACGGGCAGCAGGCCAUGUCCCUGGCCAUCCUCAGAGUCAUCCGCCUGGUCCGCGUGUUCCGCAUCUUCAAGCUCUCGCGCCACUCCAAGGGGCUCCAGAUCCUGGGCAAGACCUUGCAGGCCUCCAUGCGCGAGCUGGGGCUGCUCAUCUUCUUCCUCUUCAUCGGAGUCAUCCUCUUCUCCAGCGCCGUCUACUUUGCAGAGGCCGAUGACGAUGCCUCGCUCUUUUCCAGCAUCCCUGAUGCUUUCUGGUGGGCAGUUGUUACGAUGACUACUGUGGGUUAUGGGGACAUGUGCCCUGUUACUGUGGGGGGCAAGAUCGUGGGCUCGCUGUGCGCCAUUGCUGGGGUCCUCACCAUCGCCCUGCCUGUGCCUGUGAUCGUCUCCAACUUCAACUACUUCUACCACCGGGAGACAGACCACGAGGAGCAGGCAGUUCUUAAGGAAGAGCAGGGCAGUCACAGCCAGGGGACCGGGCUUGACGGUGGAGGCCUGCGCAAGGCCAGCUGGAGCAAAGUUUCCCUGGGCAAGGCUGGGGCCUCCCUGGAGAAUGCAGAGGGAGUCCGAAGAGGCAGCUGCCCCAUAGAGAAGUGCAACCUCAAGGCCAAGAGCAACGUGGACUUAAGGAGGUCCCUGUAUGCCCUCUGCCUGGACACCAGCCGGGAAACAGAUCUCUGAAUGGAGAUGCAGGCAGACUGGGGGUCCUUGGGGCAGGGGAAGUC